CUCUCACCCCACUUACCCCGGAGAAUCAGAGAGUUAACCGGGUCGGCCUUGUCAUCCUCGGGCCCGAGUUCAAGCUCAAGCCCAUGUUCAAACUUUAAUGCCUGAUUUGUUCAAAGUAGUUAUCUGACCCCAAACAAAGCAUCUCUGAUUUACGCUAGUUCCGGCGCCAGCCCGUACGUACCUACAUUCCGCUGAACCGUCACACAAGCAACGGAGGAACCCUUUUGAGAAGCGGGCGGGACGGAAAGAAGGAAGAAGAGAAAGAAAAAAAGAAAGAACAGGAGAGGAGAAGAGGAAGCGGGAAAGAUGCUGCUCAUCGGUCUCACUGGCUCCAUAGCCACCGGCAAGUCGACAGUGUCCUCGCUCCUCUCCCAACCGCCCUACUCCCUCCCCGUCAUCGACGCCGACCUGCUGGCGCGCCAGGUGGUCGAGCCGGGCACGCGCGGCUACCGGGCGAUCGUGUCGUACUUUGGGCCCUCGACCCCGGACCUGCUGGUCCCGGCGGGGCCGGACAUGCCGGAGGACGGGCCGACGGGCAAGGGCCGGCCGCUGAACCGCCCGGCGCUGGGGCGGCGCGUGUUCGGGGACGACGAGCAGCGCCGCCGGGACCGGGCCGCGCUCAACGCCAUCGUGCACCCGGCCGUGCGCCGCGCCAUGUUCCGCGCCGUGCUGGGCUGCUACCUGCGCGGCCACCGCGCCGUCGUGCUGGACGUGCCGCUGCUGUUCGAAAGCCGGCUGGACCGGUUCUGCGGCUCCGUCGUCGUCGUCGCCGUCCGGGACCCCCGCGUGCAGAUGGACCGCCUCCGGAGCCGGGACCCCCACCUCACCGCCGAGGAGGCGGAGAACCGGGUGCGGAGCCAGGCCGACGUGAGGGACAAGGCGAGGAGGUGCGAGGCCAGGGCCGCGGCGGCCGGGAGCGGGAGCGGCGUGGUGGUCUGGAACGACGCGGGCAAGGAAGAGCUGGCCGAGGAGGUGAGGAGGGCGAUGGCGGAGAUCGAGAAGUCCAGCCCGAGGUGGUGGAGCUGGCUGCUGUGGGCGUGCCCGCCCGCCGCCGCCCUCCUGGCGCUCUGGGGGUUCUGGAGGAAUACGAGGAUCAACAAGGCGUGGGAGGAGCAGGAGCUACGGGACAAGGCAAACCUGUGAGUUACAGUUGGUAUAUCGAGGCGAGGGCUGUAUUUGCUCGGCCCAGGUGUCACCCAGGUGGUUGCGCCUGCGGGUUUUCUUUGACUGUUCUUUUUUUUUUUCUCGAGGACGACUAAGCGAUUGCAUCUUGCACGCACAACAACAAGAUUUCGCUCUUCAGUAUCCGUUAGUGGAAAAUAGCCAUUCUACUUUUUUUUCUUUUAUUGGUCACCCCGACGUUGAUUGAGCGUUUGCCAAUACCAGCGCAGCGAGCUCGCAUCAUCCCUUGUGAUUACAUUCGGCCUGAUCUCCCUUUCACUCUCACGGCGGCGUUAGUAC